AUGGUGGGUAUGGGUUGGUUCAUGUGUGUGAUGAUGAUGGUGUGGGCGGUUUCAAUUGGUGAAGCUCUUCCAGCAGCCAAGUUCGACGAGCUUUACCGCUCAAGCUGGGCUAUGGAUCAUUGUGUCAACGACGGAGAAGUCACAAAACUCAAGCUUGACAAAUCCUCUGGAGCUGGGUUUGAGUCGAGAAGCAAGUACUUGUUCGGGAAAGUCGCUAUCCAGAUUAAGCUCGUUGAAGGUGACUCAGCAGGAACCGUCACUGCUUUCUACAUGUCUUCCGAAGGUACGAACCACAACGAGUUUGAUUUCGAGUUUCUAGGAAACAAAACCGGAGAGCCUUACAUAGUCCAGACUAAUGUCUAUGUGAAUGGAGUUGGAAACAGAGAGCAAAGACUCAACCUUUGGUUCGACCCCACCACUGAGUUUCACACUUACUCAAUCCUCUGGAGCAAACGCAGCGUUGUAUUCAUGGUUGAUGAGACACCAAUCCGUGUCCACAAGAAUCUUGAAGAUAAAGGCAUCCCAUUUGCUAAAGAUCAAGCGAUGGGUGUUUACAGUUCGAUUUGGAAUGCUGAUGACUGGGCAACACAAGGAGGUCUUGUGAAAACAGAUUGGAGUCACGCUCCUUUCGUUGCUUCUUACAGAGGCUUUCACAUUGAUGCUUGUGAUGUUCCGACAACAACUGAUCUAAGUAAGUGUAAUGGAGACCAGAGCUUCUGGUGGGAUGAGCCAACUGUCUCUGAGCUAAGCCUUCAUCAGAAUCAUCAGCUUAUUUGGGUUCGAGCUAAUCAUAUGAUUUAUGACUAUUGCUUUGAUGCUACUAGGUUUCCUGUUACUCCUCUUGAGUGCCAACACCAUCGCCAUUUGUAG